UUUUCUUUUAGCUUUUUUUGACAGGACCUGAGCAUAAGAUGCCAGGAAUUAUUUAAAUCUUUCGAGUCGAGCAGUUCGUCAGUUGAAAAACAUUUCUCCCGCAGAAGCGCCAAGUUUUCCGGAAUCGAGGUUGCUGUGAGAAAAGGGUCCCACCAACUUCCCAACUCGAAUCACACUCGUCAAACAUUCACGUUCCUUGAAACAUAGCUUUCCGUUUGAUUUCGAUCUGCCGCAACGCCAGGAGCUAUUCUACCAAGGGCCGACUGCCGUUUCCACCUGAGACAGCAGGUGCCAUUGCGACUCCCGUGAAAGAGGAUACCCAACAAUCAGGUCACCUGACCACCGAGCAGCAAGACGAUCAGGCCGAUCCCGGCCAACAAAACGCAAUGGAGCGCCGCUACCUGAAGAACCCCUUCGCCGAUUUCGCCGGCGGCGAAAGUACCCCGUUCGCCAGCGACGAGGAGCACAUCAAGAACCUGAUCUGCACCUACGUGGACGCCAUCCUGGAGCACUGCAACCCGAACAACGACGAGGAGGACGCCCGCGGCGACCUUUAUGUGGGCAACGCGGGCAUCGCCUUCAUGUUCUGGAAGCUCAACAGCUGCGAGCAGACGCGCGACCUUUACCCGGCCCUGGAGCACGCCGCCUCCUUCAUCCGGAAUGCCAAAGCCAACGCGAAGCGUUACAAGAAGCGCUCGGCCGAACGCUACUCCUUCUUGUGCGGCAAUGCUGGGAUCUACGCCGUCUCGGCGGCCAUUUCGCAGGCGGUGAAGGACACCGAGGAGCUGUCCAACGACCUGGCCAACUUCAAGUCGGGCAUCCCGUCCAGCAAGGAGUUCAUGCACACCAAGUACGGCUGCGACGAGGUGUUGGUGGGCAGAGCCGGCUACCUUUCGGGCUGCUACUGGCUGAAUGAUGUCCUUCCGGAGAAGAAGAUCACCGACGACGACCUGAUCUCCAUCUGCCAGUUGAUCGUGACCAGCGGGCGCGAGUACAGCAAGCUGAACAGCUCGCCGUGCCCGCUGAUGUACCAGUACCACGGCACGGAGUACCUGGGCGCGGCCCACGGUCUGUGCGCCAUUCUGCACAUGCUGCUGGACAGCCCGUGGUUCCGCACCGUGCCCAUUUCGGCGCCGGCCGCCGAGCUGCGCGACAUCAAGCGCUCGAUUGACUUCUUCCUGGAGCUGCAGGACAACGAGGGCAACUUCCCGGUGGCGCUGGAGGACCUGCGCUCCGGUCGCGAUAAGCGCCUGGUGCACUGGUGCCAUGGCGCACCUGGCGCCGUCUAUGUGCUGGCCAAGGCCUAUCUGAUCUUCAAGGAGGAGAAGUACCUGGCCUCCCUGCGCCGCUGCGCGGACAUGGUCUGGAAGAAGGGCUUCCUGCGCAAGGGACCCGGGAUUUGCCACGGCGUAGCUGGCAAUGGAUACGUCUUUCUGCUGCUCUUCCGGCUGACCAACGAGAUGCGGUAUCUGUACCGCGCCCACAAGUUCAUGGAGCUGCUGACGAACUCGGAGUUCAAGCUGCGCGCCAGGACCCCGGAUCGUCCGCACAGCCUGUACGAGGGAGUCGCCGGAACGGUCUGCUUCCUGGUCGAUCUCCUCGAACCGGAGCAGGCAUACUUUCCGUUCAUGGACGUCUUUCACUAGGGCGGCGCCGAGCGGCGCUCCUGCAGCGAGCAGCCAGCCAGCCAGCCCGCCAACAUGCUCAAUCGACACACGACAUUCACGACAUCAGGGAGGGUUAACCAUCAUUUCUAGUCACUUGUUUGCCGAUUUUCCGUUGUAGUUCUCUCAUUGUUGCCUUUGCGUCGUUCACCCAGCGGAAUGGGACGUUGGAGUGGAGUGGAAACUGGAAGUGGAAGUGGAGGAUGCCAUACGGCGGUUGAUACAUAGAUGACAGGUCCAAACAAAGUCCGUAUCCGAUCUCUCAGAGCGCAGCGCAUUCUCAACCGUUCUCAUAUCAAAAUUCUCUGUGCUUUACGCUAAGCAAUUAACUUAAUACUUGAUACUUAUACACAGACAUAUUACAUAUACAUUAUAUUUAUAUACAAUUUAUUAUAUAUAUACAUCUAUAUAUAUAUAUAUAUACAACAUACUUGCGCUGACAUCUAUAUACAGACAAACAUAAUACUUAAAUGCAUAGUGUGCUUUAUACCUACGAGUAAUCCACGAAGAGCUCCAAAUCUAUUGUCAAUGAGAAUCAAAUAAAUCAUUGUACUAUUUUAUACAGAUAUGUACAAUCCCAUGGCCCGAUUCGAUCCACCCUUGAGGAAAUCGAUGGCCAUACGGGGGAAUACCG